AUUAGUGUUGACAGAAUAUCGUCCAAACUUCCGACUUAAAUUCUGUUCUUGAUACAUGGCUUAUAUUUUGUUCUAUUUAAUGUGAUAUGGGAUUCGCCGAAGUUUCAUCUGUACAGAGGAAGAAGGUAUAUAGGAGAAAAAGGAUGGUACAAUGAAUGUGCAGAGCUACGAAAGGAUAAGCCUACUUGGAAAUGUAACUUCCGAUUCUGCAGUCAUAUUCCUCGAAAUCUAUGUCCUCGAAGUUUGAUAUUCACAUACUUCGGUUGAUAAGAGCAUUUAAAGGUAUGUAACGUGAAGCAGCCAGGUGGAUCGGAUAAUUUAGACUGGAGUUACACUGAGUUCUCGAGCUACCUGGUUCGGCUUUUAUAAGUUCGGCGCUGGUUUUUCUCAACUUAUCGGUGUUUACUCUAUCAAGUUUUCAUGAUCAUAGUUUGAGUGCCACAACCAACUUAUCAUUUGAUAGUGAGGUUAUUACUUUAGAGAUAACAGCGAUGGAUAUCAACCAAACUGCACUACAUGACGUAAACUAUACAGGACGAGUUAUAAUCUCGAUCUAUUUCAUCUUGGUGGCGAUAUUUGGAUUCUUCGGAAAUUUGAUCAUAUUGAUCGUGCUUGUCAAGAUUCCCAAGAUGCGGACUCACACCAACAUCUUCAUCGGUAGUCUUGCUGUCAGUGACCUGACUACUUGUCUGAUGCUACCCUUCCUGGUGGCGGGUAUCCUUUCCAAGACAGGAUGGCCGAUGCCGAACUGGGUGUGCAUCAUCAACACCAUUGUCCGUUUCACUAGCCAAGGUAGUAGCGUGUGGAACCUGGUCGCCAUCGCCGUCAACCGCCUUGUCCUCGUGACGAUGUCGACACGCCUAUAUCGAGUUCUCUACCAAACCUCGACCAUCAUUGUCAACAUCGCAUUCGUAUGGUUGUUCCCACUUUCGUGCGUCAUCAUACCUUACCUCACAGGCGACAUCGUCAUUGGUUUCGAUAAAGGUCCCAAUAUCUGCAGCGAUACGGACUUCGACAGUGAAGGCAACCCAGUACACACAUUCGUUUACAUCCAAGGACUAGUCCUAUCUUGCAUACCUCUUGUUAUAGUCGUCGUAUGUUACAUCCGUAUUUACGUCUUCGUCCGAUUACACAUUCGACGUCAGAGCAAAGCGGCCACGAGUAUGAUGUCGAUGGUUGCUCGAAGACCGACACGGCCAGAGCCAAGCUCAAUGACAUCAUCAGAGCUGAGGACGGAGAGUGAAACGACUGAUGGAAAGACAGCGAGAAAGAGUCAGACUGGUGGGCUCAAAACCAGGUUGAAAAAGAUCUCCCUUCGGCGCAAUUACAGCCAACUGGAAUCUCGCAUCACCAAGAACUGUUUCUACGUGUUCUUGGGAUUCCUCAUCUGCAUCAUACCCUACGGAAUUUGCAUCCUUGCGGACAUCGGGUUUGAGGGCGCCCCACUGGCAAUGAUCUUCCUCGUCUCCAGUACCUGUCUGAACCCCAUCAUUUACGGGACCAAGCAUCCGCUCUUCAAAGCUGCUAUGUGGAAUAUCCUCACCACCAGAUUUAGUAGGGAUUCAAACAUCCCUGAUGCAAGUGCCUUCCAUAGUGCGACAAGGCAGAAUGGUACAACCACUCCUGUGUCUCUUAGCUGCGAAAGAACAAUCGAUAAUUCACAGGACUUAGCAGUGUAAACCUUUUUUUCUUAUCCACUGUUUUCGAGGAAUUCGUUUGACUAAAUUGUGACUGAAAAAUGAACAAUCUGUCUCGUCACAAAAUGUUAUUCAAAAAAGAUACUGGCCAUAACAGCACGGCUAGAUCCGAUCAGGCGAUUCAGCAUGCAAGGAAUACCUUCCUAUCGGUUACCUAUUUAUCGUAUACUCCUGGGGCCGCUUCAUAAAGCUGUUCGUAAGUUAAGAGCGUCUUUAAGAACGACUGGUGAUCCUUUCUUGUGGUAAAUGAUAUUCGCCAUUAAAUCUUCAUUGGUGAUAAUUUUAGCGUUUAAGAAAGAUUCACGAGUCGUUCUUAAAGACACUUACGAACAGCUUUAUGAAACACCUACGCACUCGGGUGGAAAGUGGUGAUUAUACAUUGUGAACAUGCAGGAAUAGAAUAAAUAAACAAAUGAAAGAAUGGAUGAAUAAGUAAAUAAAUAAAU